GGAGCGCGGGCAGGAGGCCCCGCCCCUUCCCGUAGUGCGCGCGGAGAUGGAGCCCGUGGCCGCGCGGCCGCCGCCGGGGAAGGGCCGGAACCUGCCGUGGGUGGAAAAAUAUCGUCCUCAGACACUGAGUGACUUAAUUUCCCAUCAGGACAUUCUGAGCACUAUUCAGAAGUUCAUCAGUGAAGAUCGUCUGCCUCACCUUCUCCUCUAUGGACCACCAGGGACUGGCAAGACCUCCACAAUUCUGGCCUGUGCUAAACAACUCUAUAAAGACAAGGAAUUCAACUCCAUGGUUUUAGAGCUGAAUGCUUCAGAUGACCGAGGAAUUGAUAUAGUCAGAGGGCCCAUUUUAAGUUUUGCCAGCACAAGGACAAUCUUUAAAAAAGGUUUUAAGCUUGUAAUCCUGGAUGAAGCAGAUGCCAUGACCCAGGAUGCUCAGAACGCCCUGAGGAGAGUGAUUGAGAAGUUCACGGAGAACACCAGGUUUUGCCUGAUCUGCAACUACCUCUCCAAGAUCAUCCCUGCCCUGCAGUCCAGGUGCACAAGGUUCCGAUUUGGCCCCCUGACCCCAGAGCUCAUGGUCCCCCGGCUGCAGCAUGUUAUAGAUGAGGAGAAGGUGGACAUAACCAAUGAUGGGAUGAAAGCUUUGGUGACCCUCUCUAGUGGUGACAUGCGCAGAGCCCUCAAUAUUUUGCAGAGCACAAGCAUGGCCUUUGGGAAGGUGACAGAGGAAACAGUGUACACUUGCACCGGUCACCCCCUCAAGUCUGACAUUGCCAAUAUUCUCGACUGGAUGCUGAACCAGGACUUCACCAUGGCCUACAAAAGAAUCAUGGAGCUGAAGACACUGAAGGGAUUGGCACUGCAUGACAUCCUGACUGAGAUCCACUUGUUUGUGCACCGAGUUGACUUCCCAGCCUCAGUCCGAACCCAGCUGCUGAUCAAAAUGGCAGACAUUGAGUACAGGCUGGCUGCUGGCACAAGUGAGAAGAUUCAGCUUAGCUCCCUUAUUGCUGCUUUUCAGGUCACCAGAGACCUGAUUGUGGCAGAGGCUUAGAUCCACUGGCCUAUUGUAUUGCAAGGGCAAUUUUAUACCUACCCUCUUGUGAAGGAGUGAAGCACUAUCAUUGUCUGACCAGGGUCCAGAAGCUCCAUCUGUCCUUUAACAGCUGCAUUAAGGGGAAAUCUUAGCUUACUGGCAAAAGCUUGCAGCCCGAUUGCUCUCUGCUUCUCCAGGAGUUCUGCACAAGGAUCUGAAGGCAGAAAUUGUCCCCUUUGAAAGCUGUAAGGGAAAAUUCCUACAGCUGAAGUGCAAAAUAAUGGACACUCUGUUUCUUACCUCAGUGUUUGUGUAUAAGGUUCAGCAGAAAAUAGACACCUCCAAAUCAAA